AUGGUGGUGAGGGACUGGGCCCCGCAGGCGGCGAUACUGAGUCAUGACUCGGUGGGCGGGUUCGUGACUCACUGCGGGUGGAACUCGGUGUUGGAGGCUGUGUAUGAGGGAGUGCCCAUGGUGGCAUGGCCUCUGUUUGGGGAGCAGAAGCUGAACAAAGUGAUCUUCGUGCAGGAAAUGAAGGUGGCUUUGGCGGUGAACAAAUCUGAAGAUGGGUUCGUGAGUGCAACUGAGUUGGGGGACCGAGUUAAGGAGCUCAUGGAAGAGAUUCGGCAGAGGAUUUUUAAGAUGAAAAUGAGUCCGGUGGAAGCCAGAGGAGAAGGAGGGUCUUCCUCUAUUGCAUUGAAGAGGUUAACUCAAAAGUUAACCGAGUUCUAA